GUUUCGAAAUGCUAACAUAAAAUAUUCUUAAUUUAAAUUUUCUUCCUCGGCUUCUGAUAGAGCUUGCAGGAUAAAAAACAAAUUUCCAACAGUUGAUUUCUUCCGUGAAAAUCCAUUUAUUACAAAUCCUGCCCAAAAUCAUGAUAAGAUGUUUUUCACACCCGUCCGAAUAAAGUAACCCCUCACCCCUCUUAAAAUGAGAGACAUGGACUCGUUCAGCCAGCGAUUCGGUCGAAGAGGAGUUUCAACCAGAGAUCCUAGAGUUCUUCUCCCGAAAACACCUCUCUUCCGAAUUCUAACGUCGGAAUUCUCUCAUCUCUCUCUGAAGAAGGAAAUUUUUUCCUGAAAACAGGAGAGAGAGAAAAGUUUUCUUCAGAAAAUUUAAUUCCCGGAGCUUCGUGCAAAAGGAGUUCGUGGAAUUUUUAUCGUGCUCUUACUCUCCUAUUGUUUAAACUGUCUUCAGAAGUCAUUGCUUGGAAAAUUGGAAUUUAGUUAGUGCGGUAGUUCUUGAACAGGAAAAUUAUAAAAGGGAAAUAAAAAGAACCUUCUUCGUUAUGUUCUUAUUUUGCAGGAAAAGAAAUUUUCUUUUAGUGUUGAUGUGAGGUAUUAUUUUUGGGAGUUUUCAAACAAAAGGCAUCAUGAUACUUUCAGUGGUUUUGAAAGGAUUAUUUAUUGUUUCUUUUCUUUGUUUAACCUCAUUUGCAAUGGAUUCAAUUAGUGGUGUCCCCAUUCAUUUCGCUGUUGCUGGAGAAAAAGCCGCCAUUCCCUGCAAUAUAUCCACUCCCUUAUCAGAUGAUCAAGUAUCUUUAAUUUUAUGGUACCGUGUUGAUAUGCCAAAUCCUAUUUAUACAUUAGAUAUCCGUAAAAGGACUAUAAAAGAGGCCAAACAUUUUCCAAGUCCUGAAAUUAAGGAUCGUUCUUAUUUUAAUAUGAAUAUACAUCCCCCAACACUUUAUCUUGAACCAGCCAGAGUAGAAGACGAAGCAGACUACAAAUGCAGAGUGGAUCUUCGUAGGUCUAGAACUUUGAUACUGCACACGAGGCUUAACAUAAUUGUUCCCCCAGGUGAUCCAUAUAUAAUGGAUGAACAUGGGCAGCGAUUGAGAGAUAUCAUCGGACCUUAUGAUGAAGGAGCUUUCUUGACCUUAGCAUGCGAAGUUGAUGGUGGUGAUCCGUCACCAGAAGUGACUUGGUGGCGCGGAACGACCCUUUUAGAUGACAGUUUCAACGUCACUCCCCAGGGGUUCGUUCGAAAUGAAUUGUUCCUUUUUGAACUUAGAAGAUCUGAUUUGUUAGCAGAAUACACAUGUCAAGCAACCAACACUAACUUAACUCGACCAAGAACUUCAGCGGUUCGGAUUGACAUUAAUUUAAGACCACUGGAAGUAAAAAUAGCUGCUCCUCAUUAUCCUUUGAAUGCAGGGAAUCGGAAGCAAAUUAUAUGUGAAACAACAGGGUCAAGGCCUCGAGCAGCGUUAUCAUGGUGGCUUGAUGGCAAAAAAAUUGGUGCAGGAACCACUGACACAGUUUCAGAUGGUGGUAACCUUACUGUUAGUACCCUUCAUUUCGUACCGACACCAGACGAUAAUAACAAAAUCCUCUCUUGUCGUGCAGAAAAUUCAGCAUUGCCAAAUUCAGCAAUCGAAGAUGAAUGGGUUGUUAGAGUACAUUAUGCACCAAUAAUUAACUUGGCAUUUGGAGCUUCGAUCAGCUUAUCGAACAUUAAGGAAGGGAGUGAUGUUUAUCUGGAAUGCAAUAUUCGAGCGAAUCCCUGGGUGAAUGAUGUGACGUGGCAAUUCGAAGAUCAUUAUGUUCAAAGUAACAAGUCCGCUGGUGUCAUCAUAAGCAACCAGACAUUAGUCCUGCAGAGUGUUAGAAGAGAGCAUAGAGGCAGAUAUCGAUGUCUAGCCGGAAACUCUGAAGGACAGAGCGUCAGCGAUUAUUUGCACCUACUGGUGCAAUAUGCUCCUGUUUGCAAACUGUCCGAUCCCAAAGUGUAUGGCGUAGCUCGGACGGAAGUAGUGAACGUGACUUGCGAGGUGGAAGCAGAUCCACCAGACGUGAACUUCCGAUGGGCACUCAACAACACCCUUGAAGUUGUCAAUCUCCAGAAGUGGUGGAGUGAAGGUUCAAGGAGUGUGCUUAGUUAUACACCCAAAACCCUGGCAGGAUAUGGUCUCCUUCUGUGUUGGGGAAGUAAUGGUAUUGGUGGACAGAGAGAACCCUGUGUUGCAAAAAUUAUACCAGCCGGAGCACCUGAGUCUCCUAGAGAAUGUUCUGUUACCAACCAGUCCUCCCAAUCUCUUUCUGUGGAAUGUGAGCCUGGAUACGAUGGAGGCUUGACUCAGACAUUUCACCUUGAACUUUAUAAUUCAGUUGUAGAACACUUAGCUGCUAACUUAACAAUGAUGGAUACACCAGCAUUUAAAGUUUCUGGAUUACCCUCAGGCACAGCAUUUGUUCUUGUUCUUUAUGCGUCCAAUGGAAAAGGGAAAAGCAAUUCAGUGGCACUUAUGGCAUCAACAUUGCCUCCGCCAGAAAGAAGGACAGCAGAGGAAGAAAUGACUGCAGUGAACCCAAUUUUAGGAAUACUAAUUGGAGCUGUGGCUGUUUUGGUUCUCAUAGCUGUUAUUGUUAUAAUCAUUGUUCGAGUUCAAACAUCCAAGGGCAGUUCUAAAGAAACUCCUUCUCAAGAAGAAUCAAACAGGUGUGAAACUCCACUAAAGAAGGAAUUGGAAGACAGCCAAGACACCAGCGAGAAGGGACCAGACAUCAUUCCUUUCGCCAACGAUACAGAAGUCUACUUCACUGGUGGCUCCACAGAACAGCUGCGACAUAUCCGAUCAAUACAGAAGCUGUCUGCGUCUCCAACAGAAUUCAGAGAAAGACCUUUGGAUACCAGAUUAUAGCCUAAGUUGAGGGAUAAAACUAAUCUCUCACUCGAUGGCUUUCAAGGAUAUCUUACACACUCUUCAUCCAGUCCAUCCAUUGAAGAAUUUACUGUGCGAGUAUUUUUGUGAUGAUGAUGCUGCAUUUGCCCAAAAAACUUACUCCAUUAAAUUUGGUCGGGUGCAAGUGUGACUGUGUGAAUGUUCAAAGAAAAUUCUCCUGGAAUGGAAUAUUCUUGUAAUUUUGCUGUGAUAUUAAAAAUAAUAUUAAAACAUUUCAGAAAAAGUUGUCAUUUCAUCGAACACUGAAGACUUUAAUCGAACAGAAUUCAUUUAAGCAGAAAUCAACAUUCCAAAAUAGCUGUAAGCAUCCUGUCAUUUAACAAAAUUAAACAACUUUUAUAUAUUUUUACUCCAUGUUAAAAUGUUGAAUGAAUGGCAUUAUUCUUAAAAGCUGAUAAGGAAGCAGUUUUGAGAAGCAGAAUUGGGUUAUAAUUUUAAAUGAAUCAUAAUAAGUAUGGAUAACACUGAAAAAAAUUUGAUUUGUACGGAAAUGUUGCAGACCUACUUAUUCUACCUACAGACUAAAAAAUCUACCGAUGCAUAUGAACAGGAUUGGUAUGGAAAUUUACUUGCAAAAUGUUUAUACACGAUGUGGUUUUUUUAAAAUUAUUUUUUUGAUUUUUUUCUUUAUCUUUUCAUUAUUUUAUUACGUAACUUAAAUUUUAGUAAGUGCAAAAGUACUGCUGUGAAGAAGAUUUGACUCAUUCAAUAAUUUGAGGAAGUCCAAAUAAUAGAUCUGUGCUGCUUAUGAUUUUAUGUGCUCUCUAAUUGUAUGUGUGUAUAAUAUAAUUUGAUGUAUAUUAUAAGGAAUCAAUCCUUCCAUAAAUGUCAGAGAUUCGUAAGUACUAAGCCUAGAAAAUAACUAAUUUAUAGUCGUGACAUUUGGUUUGUUUAUUUGGAUACAGAAAGGAAGGAAAACACUUUUGACAUUUUAUUUUUAUUUUAGAACCUUUUGAUACAUUGAAUGUUAACAUUUGAAAUAGAAGUUAAGCAAAUAUUGACAUACUUUCUUUCACCUUUCAGUUAAGUUCUUUCAUCUUUCAGUUCAUCCUAAAGAUUAAGAUAUGAUGAGCAUAGUCUGAUUAAGGUUUAAUAGAAUUAAAAUAUACUGCUUACGUUUUAUAAUGUAUGAUGUUGAUUAAUGAAGUAUUAUGCUGUCUAAGAUAAAUUACGUUUAAGUAACUUGGAUUUAAAGAAAAGAAACUCUAUUUUAUUUGAAAUCUCUAAAUUUAAAAUGUUUGAUUUAGAAACUUGAAAAAAAACAAUCAUAAAAUCCAAACAUUUCGUUCAAUUUACUGACAAAUAUUUUCCAUUCCAAUAGUUUUUCAGUUAAAGUUCUUUAAGUUGCAUAGGCUUUAAAAAUACUGUAACGAAUCCACCAUUUUAUACGUAAAAGUAAAUGAUCAUGAAACUAUUUUUUCUUCCAAAAAUGUUUAUUUCAUUUUUGAAUUAUGCAUAAAUGCUAAACGAAAUCAAACAAUCACUUUUUUGCUCUUACAAAAUUUUUUUUAAAGCAGUAGCAUUUUCCAAAAAAAAAUUUUUGUUAAUUUUAACAUGUAUUAAUUUUAAAAAUUAAUUGGAAUAUUUUAAACAUAAUUUUCUUUUCAAUUCAAUGAAAUAAGAUAAUUACCAAGCAUCUGAAAAUGGCUAGGAAUUGUAAAUUGAAGCAAUAUAUUUCUAGAUCUGCUUUAAUAUUAAAAUUUCAGUUUUGAAAACCGAGAAGUAAAGAAAAACCAACUCGAGUAGUUUUAACACCAGUUAAUUGCAUAGACAUUAGUUUAUAUGUAUUUUCUUUGUAAUUAUGCACUGUUUCUUUCAAAAAUUUUGAAGAAUGAAAUUAAAAAUACUUUAUCUGAUCCUAGAAAUUAAAUAUUGGUACCGUUAAGAAGGAAAAAAAAUUCUCAAAAUGUCAUGGCUGGUCAUAUACAUUAUAUCACCAAUUGCUCAUAGAAAUACUUUAAUGGUAUUAUUGUUACAUAUAUAAAUCUAUAUUUAACGCUUCCUGUUUAAAAACAAAUUGUUUGGAAAAUCUAUUUGUACUGUUCCUAUUGAAAGUGUAUUUGCUACCAGUAAAAGAAAAUAUAUUUUUGUAAUAAAACAAAGUUUCUCCUGUA